AUGAAUUCAUAAUCUUCUCCCUAGCCAAAAUAAGAGUACCCAGCUUAACAAUAAGCCUAUUCUCUACCUCCCAUUCCGAACUAAGAUCGAAUCUAAUAUUAUCCUAUUUUCUACAUAAAACACGAUAAGUAACAUAUACUCUUUCACCAAUUAGUCAACAUUUUCACUCGAGUAUACAACAGACUCUAACUGAUCAUUAGAAUUCAUGGUUUGUCUGCCACCCUGUGAUGCAAAACGAUCCUUUUUUCCCUUAUAUAUCUAGUUUUUAAAAUUGUACGCCCAAGCCCUCUACUUUCAACUUUGAAAUACCCAUAAAAAUAGAAGAUGAUGAAGAAAUCAAAUAGAACAACAUUCAGUAACAAGUAUAAAAACCUGAUCCUAUUCAAAUUCAGGAGAAAUAAAGAAACAAAAAGGAAAAAGUUUAAAAUAAAUUUAAAAGAAAAGUAGACAAUGUUCCAGACAUAGAAAUCUAGCCGUGUAAUUGUUCUUAGAGUAACUGUCUUAAGCGAUAUUGUGCUUGCUUCCAUAGUGGUAGAAUGUGCUUAGAUGAAUGCUAAUGUAAAGACUGUAAAAAUUGUACGGAGUUUUCUGAAUUAAGAGAUGAAGCUAUAAAUCAUGUUUAUAAAAAAUGUCAUCGGGAUAAGAAGGUUCCAGUCAAUGAAUUGCUGUCUCUAUAAAUUAGUUAUGGAUGUAAAUGCAAAACGACUGGAUGUUAAAAAAAGUAUUGUGAAUGCUUUAAGCGGGGAUAAAUUUGUGGAGAAUAAUGUUCUUGUGAAGAUUGUCUUAAUAUCCCACAAACAUAAAGCUAAAAUGAUCUUAAGAGAUAGAAAACAGUUCAAAAAUGA